AUGUAUGCAGAAUACGCGUUUACUACGGCAGUACCUGUACCGAAGGAACAUCGAACAUCUGAAUAUCCGUUCUUGACUGAAAGUGAAGCUGACUACAAAUUCGUUAAAGCUACCAACAAAUUCGGACUUUUUAAUAUGAGUUCAUCCACGUUUAAGGACUCCGGAAAGAAAUCUACACAUAGUAUUAGUGAGGCUAGUGGGACGAGCCUAUAUUCACUCUACAAAGAACCUAAGGGCACAGCUGACAUCAGUGAAGCAAAUGCUAAAAAGUCUGAAUUUCUGCAGACGUUAAACAAAAUCAAUAAACAGUCUAAUACUAAUAAAAGUGUAGAUUUCACCAAGUACACAUCAUCUACUUGGGAAGCAGUACACGUGAAAACCGGCCAGUCUAUUAGUACGAAACUGUAUCCGCAUUUAAAUUUUGGCACGGAUGCUCAUGAUUCUGAUAUUUGGCUUGCUUUCCUUACUGAUGCCGGGUUGCUCCAAGCAAGUGAAAUAGCCAUAGAACCGUCUGAUUCAACAAUGCACCACGACUCCAAGGGUGAUGAGUUGGAGUUUAUAGUAAAACAGAUAGAACAUCAUGAGGUUCGUACAGAAUCCACUACAACUAACUUAAGGGACGAUUAUGAAGACAUACAUCGCAAAAUCCCUGGCUUGUUCUGGGACACAGUAAGCGACCACUAUACUAUGUGUAUAUUAGUUCUUUUCCUCGAUUAG